CAGCCACAGAACAACAGAAAGUGCCAUUUAAGAGUUGCUGGUGUAACAAUAAGAAGAAUAUAUUCCACUCCUCUCUUGUACAUGCGGCUUAUGAGACGUCCAACAGAUGAACGCUUGUCAAGAAGAACGUGCCCUUCAGCAGCAGGGGGGCUCCUCUUUGAGGCAGGAGGAUCCACGGCACCCUUACAUGAAAGAGGAAGAGGAGGAUCUACACAUGAAAGAGGAAGAGGAGGGAGAGUGUCCUGUAGGGCAGGAGGAGGAUGAAGUCAGCAAGUUUCCACUGACUGUUGUCUCUGUGAAGACUGAAGAGCAUGAAGACAAAGCACCUGAGUCCUCACAGCUUCAUCACAGUCCAAACGCUCAACAGCCCCUUCACAUUAAAGAGGAAGAGGAUGAUCCACAGCCAGCCUACAUUAAAGAAGAAGAGGAGGAUCCACAGCCCACCCACAUUAAAGAGGAAGAGGAGGAUCCACACAUUAAAGAGGAAGAGGAGGAUCCACAGCCCACCCACAUUAAAGAGGAAGAGGAGGAUCCACAGCCCACCCACAUUGAAGAGGAAGAGGAGGAUACACACAUUAAAGAGGAAGAGGAGGAUCCACACAUGAAAGAGGAAGAGGAGGAUCCACACAUGAAAAAGGAAGAGGAGGGAGAGUGUGUUGUAGGGCAGGAGGAGGAUGAUGUCAGCAAGUUUCCACUGACUGUUGUCUCUGUGAAGACUGAAGAGCAUGAAGACAAAGCACCUGAGUCCUCACAGCUUCAUCACAGUCCAAGUAAGCACAUAUCAUUUUAUUCUCAGGGCAUUCAAUCCAUCACAACUGGACUGUUCACUUUGUCUUAGAAGACUCAUCCAAGUAGGCUUCAUCACUUCAUGCUCAUACACUUCAAGUCUUAAAUCUAAUCAUUGGAAUUUAGAGGGGAACUGCACUUUUUGGGGGGAAUUGUUUCUAUCGUUCACAAUCAUUAUAAAAGACAUGAUGGUGGAUAUAUAAUUUAAAAAAUAAUCGCAUUCUAAGUA